AUGAGCACCCUGAACUCUAGUUUAUUGCAAAACAUGUCGUUUGUGCGCCCUGAGUAUUUUUACAUCAGUGGAUUUUCUGGAAUACCAUUCACCAACUAUUACUUCAUUUUUUUGUUUUUUACUUAUAUCAUUGCUGUGUUUGGGAACUCAUUAGUACUUAUCAUGAUAGUGACUGACCGAAGUCUGCACAUUCCUAAAUACAUAGGAAUCUUUAAUUUAGCUUUGGCAGACUUUGGUGAAACAAAUGCCCUGAUUCCCAACCUAAUGAAGACCUUUCUUUUUGAUUCACAGUACAUAUCCUACAACGCUUGUUUAGCAAACAUGUUUUUUGUUUUCUUCUUCAACAACGUACAAGCUUUAACUCUUGUUGUCCUGGCAUAUGAUCGCUUUAUUGCUAUACGCUUGCCCUUGAGAUACCAUGCCAUUGUCAAUAACUCCCUCAUGACUACAGCUUUAAUGGCAAUAUGGACAUUUUGCACUGCUUUGGUUGGCUCAACAGUAGUUCUGAUCACUCGACUUUCCUUCUGUAAAACACAUGUGAUUAAAAGCUACUUUUGUGACUAUGGGCCAGUUUAUACAAUUGCUUGUAAUGACAACACCAUAAAUUCUGUUAUGGCAAAAAUUUGUACAGUGCUAUUUGUCUAUGUACCCUUGAUUGCUAUAACUAUAUCAUAUUUAGGCAUUUUGCUUUCAUUAAGCAAGAUUACAACGUGGGCAGGACGGUUUAAAGCGCUUAAAACUUGUGUCUCUCAUCUGUUGGUAGUAGGAAUAUGUUUCCUCCCUGUAUUAAGUACAUACAUUGCUGCCUUAACCUUUUCUCUUCAUCCUAAUGCUAGGAUUGUCAGUACAUCACUAUCAAGUGCCCUUCCACCCAUGCUAAAUCCCAUCAUGUAUGUAUUAAACACAAAGGAAUUUAAAGACUUAUUAUUUAAAAUGCUCAAAAAGAGAUUCAGCAUAAGGGCCGAUAAGUAA